GCAGUAGCGCUGCCCUGAGGGGGGGAGUUUCUCCAGCUGGGUGAGUGUUUACAGCUGUGGGUCGCGGCGGGGGAGGGGAGGAAAAAGAAGAAGGAGGAAGAAGAAGGAGGCGGCCAAGGACAGAAUUGACUUCUGAAUCCAUUAGCGCAGACAAUGGGAGGUGCCGUGAGUGCGGGCGAGGACAACGACGAGCUGAUCGACAACCUGAAAGAGGCUCAGUACAUCCGGACGGAGCUGGUGGAGCAGGCCUUCCGGGCCGUCGAAGACUACUACCUGGAGGAGUUUAAGGACAACGCUUACAAGGACUUGGCUUGGAAGCACGGGAACAUUCACCUCUCAGCUCCGUGCAUUUACUCCGAAGUCAUGGAAGCUUUGGACCUGCAGCCGGGGCUUUCCUUCUUGAACCUGGGGAGCGGCACUGGCUACUUGAGCUCUAUGGUGGGACUCAUCCUGGGUCCUUUUGGGAUCAAUCACGGCGUGGAGCUUCACUCUGACGUCAUAGAAUACGCCAAGCAAAAACUGGACUUCUUCAUCAGGACGAGUGACAGCUUCGACAAGUUCGAGUUCUGCGAACCUUCCUUCGUCACCGGCAACUGUUUGGAGCUGUCCCCGGAGUGCACUCAGUACGACCGCGUGUACUGCGGCGCCGGCGUCCAGAAGGAGCACGAAGAUUACAUGAAGAGCUUGCUGAAAGUCGGCGGGGUCCUGGUCAUGCCGUUGGAGGAAAAGCUAACUAAGAUCACCCGAACGGGCCCUUCCGCCUGGGAGACCAAGAAGAUUCUAGCAGUUUCCUUUGCUCCGCUGAUCCAGCCCAACCAUGCAGAUUCGGGGAAAUCAAAGCUUGUCCACUUACCACCAGUGAUGGUCCGUAGCCUCCAAGAUCUGGCCCGGAUCUCCAUCCGGAGCACCAUUAAGAAGCUGAUCCACCAAGAGACGGCUGGCCGGAACGGAAACGGGCUCCGGAACCCACCCCGGUUCAAGCGAAGGCGCGUCCGCCGGCGCCGCAUGGAAACGAUCGUCUUCUUGGACAAAGAGGUCUUUGCCAGCCGGAUCUCCAACCCUUCUGAUGACAACAACUGCGAGGAGCUGGAGGAGGAAAGCCGGGAGGAGGCAGAGAAGGUCGUCCCUGAACUGAAGCCCGACCCUCCCAUAAAUGUGCUGAGAGAGAGGGUGCUUAGCCUGCCUUUGCCCGACCCGCUGAAAUAUUACCUGCUUUAUUACAGAGAGAAAUAAAGUUGUCACAAAAACGAGAGGGUAGGCGGGACAGCAGAACACUCAGUAGGGCUUGACAGACGUACACCCCUUGCUUGCAUGGUGGUAAGCCGGCCAGGGAACGUGGCUGCCGUGUACUUUUAAAACCGUGAUAGCGUGUUUGUUUUUUUCCAGACCCCCUUCCCUUGGUUUGUGUGCGCCAGUCUUUGUCCUGCAGCUGAGCUUCCUCGGGUGGGGGUGGGGACAGGCUAGCUGCAAAGUGCCCUGACGUGAGGAUAUCGUUUGGUGGGGGGGGGGAGGUCCGAUAAAAGAAACCAAACCCAAAAUACCCCCCCUAUCUUUGCUGAGACAUCUGUGGAUCUCUCAACUGUGUUUUUGUAGCCAACCGCAGUUGUCAGAACGAGCGUGCGGCAAUUCAGCAGCAUUCGACCCGGGAAGCGGAGUCUCUUCCCAGUGCCUACAGAAAAGCACAAUAUUAGCGAGUCGUACCAGAGUCGGGAGGUUUGGGCAUAUGCCAAAUGCCCAAUUAAACCUUUUAAAAACAAGGGCAUCGGCUUAGAGAAAAUAUGAAGGAUAACAGUCCCUUAAAGCAUCAAUGGUAUUUGGUUUUGGUUUUUUCAACCCUCUUUAGGAUAAUUCCCGAUCGAUACGUGUCCGGGAAAAGCUACGCGAGGUUCUAAAGCAAGCAGUGGCUGAGCCUUUCCCCUUUGGGAUCAGUCGUCCAAAAAUUUGUUUGAUUCCUCCAUUUGGUGACCCCCCCCCCUAUUGUCUGAAGUCUAGGCAGAGAAGCCUAAGGGAAGAAGCCACAGGGCCAGUUCUUCGAACGGCAGCAGCCGUCUUUGUGGGUCUGUUGCGUGAGCACCGCAGCGGCCAUGUAGCAUGGACAAUUGUGGAUAUAUAUCUGUGGGAAUGCCAAGUUAUUUCUGGACAGGCAGAUUCUGUUUUCUCAGCAGAUGCCCAGAAACUGGAAUCGAAAACACCAAGUUUAAACGAUUGGAUGUGCAGUCUUGGGGCCGAUGCUAUGGGCCGGAGCACUGGAAACCUCUUUUUUUGUGUGGAGAAAAGAUCUGUAAUUAUAGGCUAAUUUCAGCUUAGUUUGAUUCCUCUUCCCCCCCUUUAAACUUCUACAUAGAUACUUUAAAACUUUUUUUUAUUUUUUAAGAUGAGCAAACAGAGAAAUGUUGGAUUGUUCUGUGGAACAUCCAUUUGAAUCCUUCCUUGGAUACUGGUAAAUCGUUUUUAGCCUGGGAAUUUGUAAUAGGGGGAGAGAGAGAGAGGAGGAGAGAUCUUUCUGAAGUUCACAGGUUUUCCUCGCCUUGGAAACACCGAGAGGGGAAAAAAAUUCAAAGGUUCCAAAAUGCCAGUUUCUAUACAUGGGAAGCAAUGACUCCAUUGGAAAUACUCCAUUGGGGUUUUAACUUUCCAUCUCGUUUCGUUCCCUGUGCUUGCCAGUGAAGGUCAUCCUCUGUUAGAACCUGUCAGGUCUCUCCUAUCCAUGUGUGUAAAUCCAUCUCUAAGGAUACAGGGGCAUACAUCGUGGCCUCACCAGGCAGGGCCACCGCAUGCCACGGUGCGCCAGAAGCACAGCAAUCUUUUGUUUAUUUUGUGGUUUGCUUGGAGCUACACCUAACAUCCCAGGAGAUGGAUGAAGAAAAGGGCUCCAUGUAAUACUUCCUCUUCACCAUCAUCUCAGCUUUGGCCGAGUCAGCCCAGACUAAUAGUCUUGUCAUCCUCAGAUCCCACUUCUGUACCAACGGGUUCCAAAUGAAUUUUCUCUUGUCAAGUCAAAAAAGCCGCAGGACGCCGCUGUCUUUUCAAACUCGUAACGUACCAUUUUGGCCUCCUAGGAACGAUGCUUGAAACUUCCAGAACCUUCUAACACUGUAUGAAGCAUCUUAGUACCAAGGUGGACUUGAUGGUUCGUCUGGCUUGGAAUUUUCUGCUUUAUUUGGCAAUAAUUUUCCAAAGUCUAACCUGGUAUUCACUUCUCCAGUGGUAUGAGCCGGGUUGGGUUUUUUUCCCCCUUCUUAAGAUUGCCACCGAGUAAUUUGUAGGUGAAGCUACCGACUUGUCAUCCUUGAAUUCAAGUUUGGUUUUUCUCAAAUAACUAGUUGGAUUUUAGAUAUCUGUAGAAAUUGUCUUAGUUGUGGGAGUGCUUAACUUCUCUUUCCCCUCUACAUUAUCCAGGACGUUUAGUGAACGUGUUUCCUACAAUCCGUUUACGCCCACUUUCAUUAAAACCGGUUUUUUGUGGAUUGAAAUCGAUCUCCCCUUUUUUUAAUUUGUUCCAAAGAGAACGCAUACGAGCGAACGGUGAUCCAGCUUAGUUGUCCAGUCAUCGAAACGCACGCGAAAAGGUAGCAUUUGUGCGCUUGUGUCUGUGCCCCGCACAACAUGUGAAAUAAGUUAGACUGUAGCAGUGUGUCAGAAGGGGAGAUUUCUCAGUAUUCCUACACACCAGCAUUUAUACACUCUUUAAUCUAGUCAGUGGCUGUUCUUGGUAAACUAAUUGUACCUGUCAAGGUUAUUUUUUUUUAAUGUGAAGUCUGUAAACUCCUUCCUUUCCUCACCCAUCAAUUGUGUAUUUUUUUUUGCAGUUCACAUUGUCUCCAUUUUUUUCAGCCUCGCGUGGUUAUUUCAUAGCUUUCCAUAGGCUCGCCGAGUCGCCCGCGUGCAGAAAAAUUACUCUCCUCCGUAGGUUUCACUUCAAUACGGUAAACUGAAGAUGUACAUAUCUGUAGAAAUGAAGGUGAGGGGAAACCGCUAUCCAAGGCAUGGAGAAACAGCAAAUGCAAAUGAUUUUUUUAAAAAUAAAUGCAGAUUUUAUCGGCGUGUCAAUAAAUAUGUUUCCAUUUCA